GCCAGUCUCCCUGCUUUUGCUUCACUCUUUCCAAUAGAAUUUCUCUUACCAUCACACAUCGACAUCACAUCGAAUCCACUCCUUUAACAUCACCACGCAACCCCCCCAAGCAGAUAUACAAAGCGUCGAACCCAUUGAUUCAUCUACGAUUACCUUCCCAGAAGAGCUAUUGGUCGGACAAGCUGAGCUGCAGUGCUUCCGCAAUCAGGCAAAAGCCCGAAUCACAUCGAGAUCAUACAAAGUACUCAAGUACUUAUCAUAUGACAGCUAAUGCAACUCGAUAAAACCAUUCCGUUUACCACAUAUUACUCCGUCACCAUGCCUUUCAUUCAAGACUCUCACCUUCCUCUUUCGUCAUUUGCUAAGACGCACCUCGAUAACCCGGAUCAUUUCGACCCCUCCUUAUCGCUCCACACGAUUAUGAACGGCCAUUUAACCAGCCAAGAGGCGUAUAGACAAGCUUCUAUCGGCACUCUUUCAGUAUCUCAAGCUUUGGACAUUGCUCGAGACAGCGAGGAAGAAAUCAGGGAUCCAGUCGUCAUCGGUGUCCUGGAAGUCGCAAUCAACAACAUCUGGAGGAAGCUACAAGAAGAACCCACCACAUAUGUGAUGACCCGCGAAGAAUACGGUGUCUUCAAUUACUUUCAAAAUCGAUUCCAAGGCGUUGAGCUCGCCACAGCAGCGCGAAAGAGAUACUGGGAUUCCCAGCACAGUUGAGAAGUGCCACACUCGACGGUGCCACAGUGGCUCAACUGAUUAUCGACUUACUGCA